AUGUCUCAUGAACACAACUCUGGCGGUGAAACUGAAGAUGUACUUUUAUAUAUUUUAUCAUUCUUCAUUCCACCAAUUCCUGUUUUAAUGAGAGAAGGAUGUGGUUUCCAUUUAUUAUUGAAUAUAAUUUUAACAUUAUUAGCUGGGUUUCCUGGUAUCAUUCAUGCUGUUUAUAUCGUUUACAAAACAAGUUACAGAAAGCGCUCUAAAAGAAAUGCUGAGUAUAAACAUGGUGGUGAUUAUGAAGCUCAACAUCAUCAACCUCAACAACAAUAUCAUAGUCAACCUCAACAACAAUUCAAUCAAGCACCAGCAUCACAAAGUCAAGGAAAAUACCAACAACAACAGCAACAUCAACAACAGCAACAUCAUCAUUAUCAAGCUCCAAGUUCCCAACCACAACAGCAACAGCAACAACAUAUAACACCACAACAAGGUCAAAGUUCUAACAUCCCAGUUAGUAAUAACGCCCAACAAGCUCCUCCAAAUUAUAAUGCUGCUGUUCAAGAUUCAUAUCCAAGUGAUAAUAAAGCUCAAUACAAACCAUAA